GCAGCUGGGAGGGGGGAGGGCCCAGACCAAGCAGGUAGCGCAGCUUAGCAGCUUGGGGACUUGGCAGGUGAAGUGGGACUUGUUUGUCAAACUCAUUAAUUUUCAGCAGCCAGUCCAGUGGUACUGCAAGAUAGUCGGGAGUGGGUGCUGUGGAAAGGUAAGAGGUGCCCGGGAUGCCGAUGGUGGGGUUAGAAAAGAGAAGCCUCAAAGAGCUUGGGGGCAAAAUUUCACUUAGGUUCUUACACCUACCAUCCCUCCUGCCUUGAAUGUGAGGGAACACGUCUGUUUUACCACUGCUCUUGGAAAGAAAGCCUCUGUCCCAGGGGAGGAGAGGCGUCUGCUCGGGCAGAGACCGCUGCUACCUGCAGGGUGCUCCCCACCCCCAAACCCAGUCGCCUGCUCUCGUCCCCUGCCCCCACCUCCUUAUUGGUGCUGGUUUGCAGCGCUUGGCUCCUGCGCCUCCGCUUCGUGUUUGAAUCUGGCUCGCCCCUUCGUAUUAUGUCUGCACUCCGAAGGAAAUUUGGGGACGAUUACCAGGUAGUGACCACUUCGUCGAGCGGCUCAGGCUUGCAGCCUCAGGGGCCAGGACAGGGCCCGCAGCAGCAGCUUGUACCCAAGAAGAAGCGGCAGCGGUUUGUGGACAAGAACGGCCGGUGCAAUGUGCAGCACGGCAACCUGGGCAGCGAGACCAGUCGCUACCUCUCGGACCUCUUCACCACCCUGGUGGACCUCAAGUGGCGUUGGAACCUCUUUAUCUUCAUCCUUACCUACACCGUGGCCUGGCUCUUCAUGGCGUCCAUGUGGUGGGUGAUCGCUUAUACCCGGGGCGACCUGAACAAAGCCCACGUCGGCAAUUACACUCCCUGUGUGGCCAAUGUCUAUAACUUCCCCUCUGCCUUCCUCUUCUUCAUUGAGACCGAGGCCACCAUCGGCUAUGGCUACCGCUACAUCACCGACAAGUGCCCCGAGGGCAUCAUCCUCUUCCUCUUCCAGUCCAUCUUAGGCUCCAUCGUGGACGCUUUCCUCAUUGGUUGCAUGUUCAUCAAGAUGUCCCAGCCCAAGAAGCGCGCCGAGACCCUCAUGUUUAGCGAGCAUGCGGUGAUCUCCAUGAGGGACGGAAAACUCACUCUCAUGUUCCGGGUGGGCAACCUGCGCAACAGCCACAUGGUCUCAGCGCAGAUCCGCUGCAAGCUACUCAAAUCUCGACAGACACCUGAGGGUGAGUUCCUUCCCCUUGACCAACUUGAACUGGAUGUAGGUUUUAGUACAGGGGCAGAUCAACUUUUUCUUGUGUCCCCUCUCACAAUUUGCCACGUGAUCGAUGCCAAAAGCCCCUUUUAUGACCUAUCGCAGCGAAGCAUGCAAACUGAACAGUUCGAGGUUGUCGUCAUCCUAGAAGGCAUCGUGGAAACCACUGGAAUGACUUGUCAAGCUCGAACAUCAUACACAGAGGAUGAAGUUCUUUGGGGUCAUCGUUUUUUCCCUGUAAUCUCUUUAGAAGAAGGGUUCUUUAAAGUCGAUUACUCCCAGUUCCAUGCAACAUUUGAAGUCCCGACCCCUCCAUACAGUGUGAAGGAGCAGGAGGAAAUGCUUCUCAUGGCCUCCCCUUUAAUAGCACCAGCCAUAACCAACAGCAAAGAAAGACACAAUUCCGUGGAGUGCUUAGAUGGCCUAGAUGACAUUAGCACAAAACUCCCAUCCAAGCUGCAGAAAAUUACUGGGAGAGAAGACUUUCCCAAAAAACUCCUGAGGAUGAGUUCUACAACUUCAGAGAAGGCCUACAGUUUGGGUGAUUUGCCCAUGAAACUCCAACGAAUAAGUUCGGUUCCUGGCAACUCUGAAGAAAAACUGGUAUCUAAGACAACCAAGAUGUUAUCUGAUCCCAUGAGCCAGUCUGUGGCUGAUUUGCCACCAAAGCUUCAAAAAAUGGCUGGAGGACCUGCCAGGAUGGAAGGGAAUCUUCCAGCCAAACUAAGAAAAAUGAACUCCGACCGCUUCACAUAACACAACACCCCUUUAGCCAU